AUGAAUAAUAAGAAGGUUUUAGAGCUCGUAUCAAAAAUAUUGAUCUUUAAAACCGAGCAUUGCUAACAUAAGCAUUCCUGCAUUAGAAAUACUUUCCAAGGUGCAAGUGAAGCAUUCAUUAAGGCAUUUAUUGCAAAAUUGUGUUUGAAUGGAUUGAUGCUAUUAUUAAGCUUGAAGAAGGUGAUGUAAUCAGAUAAGAAAUUAUUAAAUGCAUUCAAAAUUCUACUAAAUAAAACUAAUUUCCAAUUAGGAUUGUUUAUGGGAUUGUAAACAUUGUUACUCAAAGGGAUUUAAUGUUCAUUAAGAACGAUAAGAUAGAAAGAGGAUGGAAUCAAUGCUCUCUUGUCUGGAUUCAUUGCUGGAGGAUUAAGCUUCAUGACUCAAGAGGAUAAUGUUAAAUACUUAGUCAGAGUGUACCUAUUUGGCAGAGCAGUUGAUUGCAUCUAUUAAUCUUAAGUUGAAAAAGGACGAUUCAAACACAGAAAAAUUAUACCCGUUGUAGUCUUUGCUCUUAUGUCUACCUUGAUUUCAUUCGCUUUCUUCUUUGAACCAGAGAUCUUGCCAUUGGAUACAUAUAAGAUGUAUUAGAACUUCUCAGGAGCUGAAAUGAAUGAUUCAUUAUGGCACAUGUGUAACGUGUAAGCUUGGAGAAAUAAAAUUAACGCAGCUAAAUCCUCAUGAAAUAUUAUUGAUAAUUUCAUAUUUAUUAUUUAUGAAUGAAUAGUUAUAUAUUUUGUUAA